CUUAUUGUCAUUUUUAGUGUUUUAUCUUCUGUACAUCGUUUAGAGUGUUCCUAUAGCGAUUCUAAGUCAUUUAUGACUUGCUGGGACUGACAGAUCGGUCACCUGGUAAUUCGCUUGGUUAUUGUGUGAGUUUUAGUAUUUUUGGAGCUUAUGAACCUUGAACGAUAAUUCUCGAUCAAAAGUUCAAGAAGAUGAUAUCAGAAUCCAAUUCUGACGAUUCCAUCAGUUUCGGAAGGGUCAUUUUAGUCUAUUAGAAAUGUCGACAUGACUCCCAAAGUUUUCAGUGUGAGUUGGUGGGAUUAGGCGUUUAAACUUUAAGUUUAAAGGCUAAGUUUGACUUUAGUCAACAUUCUGAGUAAACGCGCUCGGAUGAGAAUUCCGUCAGCGCGGUUAGCUCCGGAAUGUCGAGUUUGGUCUAGUUUGACCCUUCUUUCGGGUUUUGAGGUUUUUGAUAUUUUUCCGAGCCCUUUUGUGGUUUUUGACUUAUAAUGGCCAAUGGAAGUGGGACCCACAUUUUAUCGAGAUGACCUCUGAUGAAAAUUUCGACUGCGCCUUUGAGUCCGGAAUGUCGACUUUGGUAGGGUAGCAUAUCCAUUUUAUUUUUAUCAGGUUCCGAACGAAUUCCGAGCACCCGUCGGAGACUUUAAAGAAAGUAGGCAAAGCUGAAUCUGGUGCAGCCCCUAUAAAAACCCAACUUUCAGCUUUGUAUCUUACUUUAGAAUCUUGAUAUCUUGAGCUAUACAACUCCAAAUUGGGCGAUUCAAAAGGAUAAGUUGUGAGAUUUUUCGAGGGCAACGCAUUGGUGAGCUUGGAAUCUGAUUUGGGGACCCGAUUUGAGGUAAAUUUUGGGUUUUAACUGCUGUCUAGCUCAUUUUCGAGCACAAGUUUUGGGUUUUUUUAGAAGGUGAUUUCUUGGCCAUUUUAGGUCCGAAUCAAGUGAUUCAAGAGCCUAUAUUGUGUGGUUUUUCGUGAGGAUCGUCGUGGUAUGGUUGGUUUUGGCUGUUGGAGCUUCAUUUUUGGUAAAAUCUUGUAAGUAGCUGCUGCCAUAGUUGCUGAUUUUUAGCUUAGAAUUUGGGUUCUUUUGUUGCAUGUUCAUGUUGGGACUGCUUUGAGUCCUGAAUUAUGCUCCAUUAUGGUAUACAAGUUUCGAGAGUUAUUUAGGACUUUUAUUUGGGGUUAAUUCGGGAUUUCUCAACGCGGAACCCACUUUUUCCAUUUUGACCAUGAAAUUGACCCAUCUCCGUUUCUUGCGAUUUUAGUGUAUCAACGUUUCGAGGCCUUUUAGAAAGUAAAAGAUCCGGGGAGUGAAUUUUGGAGCGCGCGUGAUCUGCGUUCAGGUCCGAGCACCGGUAGUCAGCGUUGAUCGAGUUUGGAGAAUUUCUGGUCUGGAGACAGGGGUGAGCACACAGCGUUUUGUACUAUUUCAGUCUCCAUCUGUUUAUAUAAAGAUUUGUCUUUUACUUUUCGAGACAGUCUAGUUUCGGUGGUCCACUGUUGGGACUUGUACUCGUUUUGUUGGUAGCUCUGUAUUAGUGACUUCCAGGUUCUGGGAGGGAUCCUUUAUUGUAUUUAUGUUUUGGUUUGCUUAUGUUGUUAUAGUAAUUUUUCUUAGUCUUUUUUAGUUUCUACCCUCACACCUUGUAUGUGUGGUUCUGGGUUGUGGUUUGGCUUACCUACUGAUGGGUUAUAGUAGGUGCCUUCAUGGCUCGAGAAAUUGGGUCGUGACAAGUUGGUAUCAGAGCCCUAGGUUCAACGGUCUCACUUUUACAGAGCUAAUGUCUAGUAAAGCCCUGCGGAUCGGUGCGGAGACGUCCGUAACUUAUCUUUAGGAGGCUACAGGAAGUAUUUAGGAAAAUAUCCAUUUUGUUUUAAAUUCGUGCCUCGUGUGUCUUGUUUGUUUCUUAAAAUCUCAGUUGUUUCACUCUAUUACAGGAUGGCUCGCACGCGAGGUGGUGCGUUCGGGGGUGAUGCACCCGGAGCCUCAGCUUGGGGUAGACGUCGACCACGAGGUCGAGGUAGGGCUGCAGCACCUGCCUGGGAUAUGGAGGAGGAGCCUCAUGCAGCGCAUGUACCGCCACAGGCAGUGGGGCCGGGGCCUGCCCAGCCACCACCCGCACCAGUUGCAGCACUUGAUCUUCAUUCCCUCUUGACUCAGAUAUUAGCAGCUAUUGGGGAUAUGCGACAGGCACCAGCACUAGCAGUACCAGCACCAGCGCUGCAAGAUCAGCCGCCACCAGUUCAUGUGGCCGCCCCACCAGACUUAGAGGUUAGAGAGAUGCCACAGCGGGAUCAGAAGAUGCUUGGGGUAUUUCAGAGGUUGGCACCGCCUAUAUUCUCAGGGGCGAUUGGAGAGGACGCUCACGAGUUUGAGCUCACUUGCCAGGAGCAGUUACAGUCAUUAUGCCUUUUGGAGUCGAGAGGAGCUGACUUUACCGCUCAUCAGUUCCGUGGGCAAGCCAGGCAGUGGUGGCGCACGUAUCGGGAGUCUAGGCCAGUUGGAUCUCCUCCUAUAUCUUGGAGUGAGUUCUCAGAGGCUUUCUUGGCCCGAUUCAUGCAACGGAGCGUCAGAGACAGGCUUCGUGAUCAGUUCUCUAGAUUGGAGCAGGGAUCUAUGACCGUUUCAGAGUAUGAGGCGAUGUUCCAUGAGUUGUCUCGCCAUGCUACUAUGAUCCUGCCCACAGAGGGAGAGAGAAUUCGUUGUUUUGUACGUGGGUUGCGAUACCGUUUGAGGGUUGACACAGAGCAUAUGGUUUCAGCUGGCCGUUCUUUUCUUGAUGUGGUCGAUCAUGCCCGAUCCAUGGAGCAUAUUCAUCGUGAGGCCCAAGGGGGCAGCGAUAAGAGGGCACGCUACCAUGGCAGCUAUAGCGAGUCGCAGACUAGGGGGAGGGACUCAUAUGAUAGGCCACGUCAGAGGUUCCAGCAGGGUCAGACCAGUCGGCCUGUUCAGGUGGCAUUACCUGUUUCUGAGGGAGGUCAAUAUCAGCAGAGUGGUCCUAGUACAGGCCAGAAUUCGAGGGGAUCAGAUUCUUUUCCUCCAUGCCGCGGUCGGAUUACUAAAGGGCGUUCAACUUCGGGGUGUUAUGAUUGUGGUGCUCUUGACCAUUGGUCUAGAGAAUGCCCCCGGCGAGGUCGGGGGGUGAUUGUACCAGCUCCACCUACUUUUAAACCAGUUUCAGCCAUGUCUUCUUCGGCUAGAGGAGGUGGUCAGAUUCAGGAUCAUCGAGAGAGUCGACAGGUUACCAGGGGUGGAGCUCGGGGAGGCAGUUUAGGUGGUAGAUCGGGUGCACCAGGUAAAGGUGCUCAGGGCCAUUUCUACGCUGCCCCGACAAGGGCGGCGGCUGAGGCAUCUGACGAUGUCAUCUCAGGUACGCUCUUCUUGUGCUAUCAGCCUGCUACAGUAUUAUUUGAUCCAGGGUCCACAUUCUCGUAUGUAUCUAUUUAUUUUGCUCCCCGAUUGGGUAUGAGGUCCGAGUCUUUGGAAGAGCCGGUUCAUGUUUCGACCCCGAUAGGUGAGUUCUUAGUAGUGGAUCAAGUAUUGCGAUCUUGCUUAGUGACCAUCCAGGGUUAUGAUACUAGAGCUGAUCUUAUUAUGCUAGAUAUGAUUGAUUUUGAUGUGAUUUUGGGCAUGGACUGGUUAUCCCCAUAUCAUGCGGUCUUGGAUUGCUAUGCCAAGACUGUUACCUUAUCCAUGCCUGGUGUUCCCCCGGUAUUGUGGCAGGCUGCUUAUAGUGACACACCGACGGGGAUAAUCUCUUUUAUUCGAGCUAGGCGGUUGGUUUCUUCUAGGUGUUUAGCGUAUUUGGCCCACAUCAGAGAUGUGAGUAGGGAGGGCCCUUUAGUUGACUAAGUUCCUGUGGUUAGAGAGUAUGCCGAUGUGUUCCCUACAGAUCUACCUGGCCUACCCCCAAAAUGUGACAUUGAUUUUGCUAUAUAUUUGGAGCCUGGCACUCGUCC